AUUGUAAAAGCCUGCAAAAUUGGGGCCGUUGAACGUGCAGAAAAUACUUUCAUCUUCUUUCCCUUUUGGUCUGCCAAUCGACAUUGAUUUCAUCGUUUUCAUUCCACAUAGCCUUCCAACAAUGGCGACUCUGACCAACUGAAAACAACACCCACGAUCUGCUUUCCCCUGUUUCUGCCUUAUGGCUCGCCCCCUCCGCUCCUUAUGCCUCACCUUCUUCUUCUUCUUCUUCUUCUUCUUCUUCACAUUUUUCGAUUGUUUUCUCGUUGCUGCUGAGGAUCCCGACAACAAUCGAUUAACCCCAAUCAACCGCGAUCUUUAUCAUUCUAGUGUUGAUUUGAUGAAGGAGAUAGAAGCUGUGGUCCAUCGACACUCUGAUAAGUUGACUAUAGAGACAAUGAAGUCUAGAAAUAAGGGUUAUGUUGUAGAGAUGCCAGUGGUUACUUAUCGCCAUGGAAGGAAUAACAUUGAUGACAUCUCGAAGUUCCGGAUACUUCUUAGUUUUGGACAGCAUGGAAGGGAGCUCAUAACAACAGAACUUGCGCUAAGAAUUCUUUUAAUCUUGAGUGAAGAACUGUUUUUGCCCCACAUGGAUCGAGCUUCCUUGAACAACACACUUACCAAGCUUGUCAUCAAGGUUGUGCCAAUGGAAAACUUAAAUGGGCGCAGACUUGUCGAGGGUGGGGAUCUAUGUGAAAGAAGAAAUGGGAGAGGUGUUGAUCUGAACAGGAAUUGGAGCGUUGAUUGGGGUAAAAAGGAGAAGGAUUAUGAUCCUUACGAGGAAAAUCCUGGUUUGUCACCUUUCAGCGAACCAGAAACUCAAAUUAUGCGAAAACUUGCCUUGACAUUUGAUCCACAUAUAUGGGUCAAUGUGCACUCUGGAAUGGAGGCUUUAUUCAUGCCUUAUGACCAUAAAAACACAACUCCUGACGGCGAAAUUGCUCAACAAAUGAAACUUUUGCUUGAAGAGCUGAACAAUCUCCAUUGCCACCACCGCUGCAUGAUUGGAUCAGGCGGAGGUUCCGUCGGGUAUCUGGCACAUGGGACAGCCACAGAUUUCAUGUUUGACAAGGCACGAGUACCUAUGUCUUUCACUUUUGAGAUAUAUGGAGACGCAGCUGCCUCAUCGAAUGACUGCUUUAAAAUGUUCAAUCCCACGGACCCCGAUACCUUCAAUAGGGUUCUCGGCGAUUGGUCGGCUGCAUUUUUCACAAUCUUUAAGCUGGGUCCGGAGUACCUCGGCGAGACCAAGCUCCAUAGAAAGGGGAACUUAGACAAGCUGGUGUCGAUUGAUGAAUACCUUGAAGGGUACUUGAUUGAGAGGAGUAGCAGAUACGGGAAGAAAAGGGAGGUGUUUGAACUAGGGUUGCAAGAGAUGAGAACAUAUUUUAGGCUGUUUUUAUUGUCGUCAGUUCUACUAAUGUUCAUGUUUUGUUCCAGAAUUUCUAAAAGCAAGUUCACUAAACCACUUGUUUCUGCCCUUUCCCUUUGAGAUAGUUACAAAAAGAAACAUGUAUUUAGUUUCUGAACUCCACAGUUUAUUGCCAUAUUCUAUUCUAAACGAGUAUAGAUGA